CAAUGGGCUAUAGUGUCUAAGCAAUUCACAACUUCCUUCCUUCGUUCUAAGCAACACUCUCAAUUCGUAUAUAAUAAAACCUCUUUCUUUAUAUUCUCUUCACGAGGAACACCGACACAUAAUUCCUACAUAAAACUAAAACCUGUUUCUAAGUUCUAGUCUUUUUUUUUCCAUGUAUAGCUCAAAGUUCAGAAACCUGUUUUGUUCCGUGUUGUUUUCAUGGCUCUGUUUUGGAGGUUUGGCCAUGGCAGCUGGUGGGAGUAGAAGCGGUUCCAGAGACCUCGACCAGACACCAACAUGGGCCGUUGCUGCUGUCUGCACUGUUUUCAUCUUGAUAUCCAUAGCACUCGAAAAGAGCCUCCACAAAGUUGGGACGUGGCUUGUACAAAAGCACAAGACGGCUUUGCUCGAAGCUCUGGAAAAGGUCAAGGCUGAGUUGAUGAUUUUAGGUUUCAUUUCACUGCUUUUAACUUUCGGGCAGAGUUACAUUGUCAGAAUAUGUAUUCCUGAAAAGCUCGCAGACAUUAUGUUACCAUGUCCGUAUAAGGAAGCCAAAAAGGCAUCAGAUAGUGAAGAGGAACAUCGUAGGAAACUUUUGUCCUAUGAGCGUAGAUAUUUAGCUGCUGAUACUGCCUCGUUCAAAUGCAGCAGGGAGGGACAUGAGCCACUUUUAUCUGUCAAUGGAUUGCACCAGUUACACAUCCUCAUAUUCUUCUUAGCAGUCAUUCAUGUGUUUUACAGUGCUAUCACAAUGAUGCUUGGAAGACUAAAGAUACGUGGAUGGAAGGCAUGGGAGGCGGAGACUUCAACUCAUAAUUAUGAGUUCGCCAAUGCUGCUUCAAGAUUUAGGUUUACUCACGAAACAUCAUUCGUGAGAGCCCAUACCAGCUUUUUGACAAGGAUUCCCAUCUUCUUCUACAUUCGCUGCUUCUUUAGGCAGUUUUAUAGGUCUGUAAAUAAGACUGACUACUUGACUUUGCGCAAUGGGUUUAUCACUGUCCACCUGGCUCCUGGAAGUAAAUAUAAUUUCCAAAAGUUUAUCAAAAGAUCAUUAGAAGAUGACUUCAAGGUGGUUGUGGGAGUCAGUCCUAUCCUCUGGGCAUCAGUUGUAGUUUACCUUCUCAUCAAUAUUAAUGGAUGGCGUACCACAAUUUGGGCAGCCUUAAUUCCUGUUGUCUUAAUUUUGGCUGUUGGAACAAAACUUCAAGCUAUAUUGGCAAAGAUGGCUCUUGAAAUCACCGAAAGACAUGCAGUUGUCCAAGGAAUGCCUCUUGUCCAGGGCUCAGACAAAUACUUUUGGUUUGGUCAACCACAGUUAGUUCUUCAUGUUAUUCAUUUUGCUUUGUUCCAGAACGCAUUCCAAAUAACAUAUAUCUUGUGGAUAUGGUAUUCUUUUGGGGUGAGAAACUGUUUCCGUACUGACUACAAGCUUGCAGCAUUAAAAGUAGCUAUAGGGAUUUCGAUGCUAUGCCUCUGCAGCUAUAUCACCCUUCCAUUAUAUGCUCUUGUAACUCAGAUGGGUUCAAGGAUGAAAACAGCAGUAUUUGAAGAGCAAACAAACAAGGCUCUGAAGAAAUGGCACAUGGAUGCGAAGAAGAAGAAGAAGAAGCAUGUAGGAACAGUGACACUAGGAAAGUCGAGUGCACGAAUCAUGGAUGGAAGCCCCAUUGGUAAUUCUUCAACAGUGCACUCCUCCUCUGUUCCCACACUACACCGUUUCAAAACUACCGGCCACUCAACAACGUACGAGGAUCAAGAUCAUGAUCAUGAUCAUGAAUAUGAAUCCGAUGAUGUUGAGUUGUUUCCUGUGUCGUCGCAAACAACUAGCUUCAUUGUAAGAGUGGACCGUGGCGACCAACAACAACAAGCAGAAGAAGAACAUAGACAACAUAGUGAGGGAGAAACCAACAGUAGCAGUGAAGGUGAAUUCUCAUUUGCAAAACCUGACCCCGUAGAAAUUAGAACCACCACAUAGCAGCAUAUAUUCACCUCUAUUCUUUUGCAAUAUCUUCACAUAAAAAAGAAGAAAAAAACAUUUUCUAGAUCAUGGGGUAUCUUGAAACUUAGAGAUGAAUUUUUACAUUCUUGAUCAGCAUAAUUCACUUGCUCCUAAUGGAAGCAUUGCCCUCACAUUAUAUCCAUGCUUUUAACGUCGA